AUGACGGCGUUGGUGACGACGGUUCGAAAGAAAGCCAAACUGAGUAAAUUAAUUCCUCAGGUUCAAUCUUCAGUAAAUGAUUAUGUACCAACUUCUGAUAUUGUGAGGCCGGACCACUUUCCUGAAACUGUUUCAUUCAACAGGAUACUCACAUUUGAAGACCUUCUUCAGUAUAUCGAUCAAAUUCAACUCCCAAUUCAAAUGGGUUCUGUGAUUGAUAAUCCGUUGCUUCAGUACCUGAUCACAUACAACAAAAACCGACACAUAACAGGCCAGUUUAAUUGGUGGCUCUACCACACUUGUUACGAUGCUCUUCUAGAAAACAGUGUACCAUAUUCUGAUUAUCUGGAAGAGUUUCUGUCAAAGUUAGCAGGCUUCAUGCGUCGUGUUAAGGAAGGCACCCCAGCUAUUGAAUAUUUUCUGUACCAGUUCCUUGAUACCUGGGAUGGAUUUCAUUUUAAUCAGUCCAUUUUUAAAUUGAUUCCACACAUCCGAAUACACAAGUUUUCAGAACUCCAUCAGAUUCUGUUAGAACCCCUGAAGAAAAUAUUUUUCCGACGUGGAACUUAUUUAAAGUGCCGGAUUCUAAUAACACUGACAGAACUAGUCACCAAUUAUAUAAAUAAAUGGCACCAUCUUCAUUUGUUAAGGAAAUCAAAGACCACCAAGAGUGUUAUUGCAGUGGAACAUGAGUUCAGUUUCUUUCAAGGUGAUUUUGAUGAUUUUCAAGCUCAUAUUGAGUUCAAGAAGCUUAUUGACUUCAUUGAUGAACUCUGCCUCCUGGGAUUACUCUGUGAGGAUGACCAUGCGAUAAUGGUACAUUUCUGCCUAUGGUUCCAAGAACAAUUGCUAAUAACCGUUCUGAACACCAACUUCCCAUUAUUGACCAUUCCAUCACCAGCAUUUGUCAGUCGCCUCAUUGUCUCUAAUCAGUGUACAGUUAUUUCACGUUUGUGCCGUAUCAUCUUAGAUUACUCGAGUGUGUUCCAGAACUUAAAGAAGCUUCAGACACCCUAUAAACUUGACAAACACAUUAAAAAGUUGAAUGUGUAUGUUUUAGAUGUCUGCAAUGCUCUUUGGCAUUACAAAGCUUUUGAUACUGCACAACAAACUUCUGAUUCCAUUUUGUUUGAUUUUGAUAUCUUCUCCAUACCUGGAAUUCGUAGCAAAUCUGUGAAUUCAUCUUUAUCCUUGUUACAUCACCAAGCGUUCUUAGGACAUGCACUGUUAUACCUGAGAAAGGAAAUGCCCCAGAGCCGACAGCAUCCUUCAUUGAUACGAAAAAACCGUAAAGGUUAUUUCCAGUUUCUGCGUGAUCAAGAAUUGGGAGGUUUAACUGAUUUCAUUUCACGGUUCAUUGAUUCUCGGUUAGAUUUGCAAACAAAAACUGAGUGAAGAAGAAAGCUUGUGCCACACCUGUCCAGUUUUUGAGUACCACUUUUUCUACUACAGUUUUUAUGCCACACAAAGCAAACUUGAGCAAUAAUUGGUCAAUCAAUUCCAAGUGCCUUUCCCAUCAUGCUGUGGUUGAUCUAUUGUUAAAAUCUUACAUUGGGUUACCUGUGCAUCAAUAUCUCUAUUAACAUAGAGUGGUCAAGUAAUUUUCCUAUUGAUGAAACGGGAGGUGCUGUCUGGGUACUUUGAUGCAGGUAACUCAGCCUUUCCCUUUGUGCCAGUCUAGCUGAGUAUCUUUGAUGCGGUUAACCCAGCCUUUCCCUUUGUGCCAGUCUAGCUGAGUAACUAAGGUGCUCAGUCAAUGGAUGAGUGUAUUUGACUGAAAUAAUUUGAUGUGGAUUAACAAUAAAGAUUGAUGAUUGUUGAUGAAAUGCAUGAGUGUCUAUGUCCAAGGUAGGAUAGUACACGACCAACCAAAGAGGAAGGGCUCUACGUGGUUGUAUGAGUAACAGCUGCUAGAAAUAACAACAAAAUGUCCUUCAAGUCAUAACAUCUUACCAUCUUGAAAAAUGGAAAGGCUCAUCGGAUAAUGCAAAUUCUAGUUGUCUCUCAGAAAGGAAAAGACAAGUGGUCAUGGUUGGAAUACCUUUGACCAUAGGCCUACAUUGACACCAACAGCUGGCUCUGCAUUACAUCUUUUGUGUAAGAUACUUAUCUCUUAACAGCCAAGUCCUCCUAGCUUCAAAUAAGCUAUUGCUGUCAGACUCGUUCAAGCAGACAUAGAAUUAAAGGUAUUCUGAUGGUCUUCACCACUCUUAAGUUUUUUUGGGUUUUUUUCCAGACUAGCCAGUAUAUGAAUUUUUUUUCCUUUUUUAUAAGGUAAGGGGGUCUGAUUUCAGGAUGAUUCGGUUGCUAUACCUGACAGAUAUAGCUACCUGAUUAAAUUGCAGAGCAGUAUAAUUUACCACUUUAAGUUGUAGUUGCAGUGUUUUACUGAUCACCUGUUCAUUUAUUCAAAGUAUUGCGUUCAAUAGUUCAAGUGUUGCCAUAGGAAAAAGGGAAACUGCCAAACCAUUCUGAGCAGGAUUUAAGUCUCAUUCACUUGAAUACUGCACAAAGUGAUGAUAAAUACUUGUGCAAUGAACCAUGGAGGUCUGUAAAGUGUGGACUGGACUAUCUUGCGAGCUGACAAUCUUUCUGUAUUCAGGAGCAAUAAUUGUCAUAUAUUUUGGAUCCACCACCCCUUCAGUUCCAUGAAAACCUUUCCAGUGCAAUCACUUUUGUUUAACCAUUUUUCUGUGUAGAUGGUUUCACAAGACAGUGUAGUUUAAUUAAUGACUCCUAAUUUAUUUAAAAUCCUGUUUGAGUAAUGAGGGCCAUUUAAAAAAAAAACAGAAGCACUGCAGUGACUGGUGAAACAUGGGUAUAUAGAAGACUUGUGGGGACAACAGGAUAGCAACGAUACAGUGAUGACAGGGCUGGGGAGCGAGAAAUAAGCAUUGAGGAAAUGUGAGGAAGAGAAGAGAUGUAGUUUAAUUUGUUAAGGUAGGGUGUGUGAAUGUUUUUUUUUUUUUUAUUAUUCCAGGUGGGUGGAACACAGCACCCCCAGAACUCUUUCAUUGUAGAUGGUUUCACAACACAGUGUAGUUUGAUUAAUGACUUCUAAUUUAUUUAAAUUCUGUUUGAGUAAUGAAGGCCAUUUUCAAACACACAUACAUUGUUAUAUUGUUUUUGUUCUUUUCUUUUGGUAUUUUAUAUAAUUGUGUCU